GUACGUCGACACCGCCGAGCGCUUCACCGAUGCAGGUCUCGACUGGCAAAGGGCCAUCCGAGAAGUUACUGGUUCCAUCAUUCAGUGGUGAGCCGGAGAGUGGAGACCUGGGUGCAUCAGCUCGCAGUUACCUACGGCAAAUAGCUGCAUGGGAACGCAUGACCACUCUGAGGCGGGAGCAACGUGCACUUGUUCUCUACCAACACCUCCAGGGCGCAGCUUGGAUCAAUGCGGAGUCUCUUGAAGUAGACCGGCUUGGAGGUCCCGAUGGCAUCGAGUAUUUCCGGGGCUGGAUCGAGCAGCACUACCUGGAUAUCGAGGUCACCUUGAUAGGCAAGAGUCUAAGCGACCUGUUCCGCCGCCUGAGGCGCCGGCCCCAGCAGAGUUUCCGCGACUACGCCGCAGAGUUUAACAGACUACUUGCCCGGGUUACAGAAUGUGGAUGCGCCCUGCCCGACACAGCGACAGCAUGGCUCUUUGUGGACAGGGCAUCGUUGGACGAGUCCACCGAGGUUUCUCUCCUGGCAUCGGUCGGCAACAAGUACGCGCUGAGACAGCUCCAACAGGCCGCUAUCAUUUUGGAUAGGUCCAUGAGGAAGCCCUGGGAGAAGAACACUCAGCACAGCCGACGGCCGCAGCAGGCAAACAUGACUGACGAGGUCCACGAUGGCUCCGACGCGGAAGAGGGAGACGAGAGCCCGCCUGAGUACGACACGGAGGGCCAGGACAACGGCGACCUCUACGUGGCUUACAUGACGGCGAAGGCCAAGUACAGGGACGCGGGCAAGAAUCGGGGCAUCGACCUGGACAACGUCAAGAAAUCUGCCGAGGAGAAGGUGAAGUUGGCAAAACAGCGCAGCCAUUGCGCCGCGUGCGGACAAAGGGGACAUUGGCAUCGGGACCCCGAGUGUCCCAAGAAGCGAAGCGAUGGAAGUGGUGGCAGCCAUGACCGCCCCAAGGUGCAGACCGUGAAUGUGGUUCACGAGGUCUACGAACUGAGCUCCAACACGGAGGACCCGCUCUACGCGAUCACCGACUCGGCGUGUUCCAAGUCGGUCAUGGGUACAGGAUGGAUGCAGCGCUACAUCGAGAUGGCCAAGACAAUGGGCGUCGAGGUUCCGAUCGUGUACGAAAAGGAAUCCUUCAAGUUUGGAGCGAGCCGAGUGUACGAAUCCAACUACGCGGCCAUGGUGACCUUUGCCAUCGGCCACCGCUGGGUGAUCGUUAAAGCUGCCGUGGUGCACGGGGAUGUGCCGCUGUUGAUCUCCAGACCAGUUCUCGCUGAGAUGGGCACCGUCCUCGACAUCGCCAACAACACGGCGACCUUCUCGGCCCUGGGGGUGCAGGAUCACAAGCUCAUCGCGACGUCCUCCGGGCAUCCCGCUGUUUUGAUAGGUUCCAAUGGACUGCAGAAGCCCAGCCCGGAAUCCUUGCCAAAGGCAUGGGACGCAAAGGAGGUUGCGAUCUUGAGCCCUUGCCGCGCCUACACAAGCUUUGUUGCCGAGAGUAUCCAGAGCGAGAGCCCUUCAUGUCGUCACACGUCCUACUACAGUGCCAAGGCCGAGAUUCCCAAGCUGUUUUUUGAGAAGCGCAUAGACCCCGGCAUUCGUAACAUGCUCAUCGCUGAUACUUUGAACCUCAACUCGUUCUUGGCAUGGUGGUCGUCUACUCCUAUUUCGAAUGAUUUCUGGAUAGAGUGCGAAGAUCGAUUGGUCAGAGUUCAUGUGGUCCCCAGAAAGUACACCUUCAACCCGAGUAGAGUGCGCCCAACCACGCUUUGCCAACUCUAUGGGUCGGCCGCAGCACUUUCGUUCGAGCUUCUACCGGGGCGCCCCUACGAAAUCCUCCUGGUGAUGUCUGCGCCAUGGAAGAUGAACAAGUCGGAGCUGCUCCAGGAGUGCGUUCGCCGAGGAAUACCGACGAGCUCAAAGUGGACGGUGGCGGAGCUCCGCCAUGUCCUGACCGCCGACAACAAGGGAGUGGAGGACCCGAUGCCCACGGGUCUGAGUUCGAUGUCUUUGGCACAGCUACGGAGCGAGGCACAAAGGAUUGGCCUGGAGUACGGGACCCGCGAAACCAGAGGAGCCCUUAUGCUCCGCAUCCGCGACCACGUGGCCCCGGACCAGACCGUGAUGACCCUGGGCCGGUUCAAGGGCAGCUUCUACAAGGACGUUCCAGAACAAUAUGGAGACUGGGCCUCGGAAGAGGAGAGAGCGAACCCGAACAUGCACCCAGAUCUCCGUCGCUACGUCAAUUGGAGGCGCUACCAGAAGGAGACCCAGGCCGCGGCAUACUCGACCGCGACAGCAUCUUCGAUGGCACCCGAGAUAAACUCCAAGAUCCCGCCUCCACCGUUGUCCGAGACCGGCUACAGCAACAACACGUGGGAUGUGGUGAGCUCGGAGAUGACUUUGCCGAUACCUCCGCGCGCAACUCAGGCCAAGGCAAAGGCUGCAGCCUCCAAGACUGCACCGAGGACGAGAGUUCGCGAGGAAGAACAACCUCGCCGGAUGGAACAGGAGAUCGAGCCCGAGGUCCUGACCGAGAUCGAGAUGCUGGAGAUGCACGCCGACGGCGCAACCAAAGGAAAGGGGAUCGGCGAGAUCAAGGCGGGUGACCUCGUGAAGAUUCAGGACAAUGUGAAGCUGGGCGAGGUCAUCUACCAGGACGAGGAGCAGGAGAUCUACGAGUCGUGCGUCUCUGACAACGAAGACGACUACAAGGAGGACCUCGCCUCCCCCGACGAGGUACACGUCUACCUCACCACCAAGCACCACGAGAAGGCGAAAGGCCAGCGGCCCGGAGAGGACAUUGCAAAACAGGCCAUCCAGGACGGCGACUUCACCUACGAGCGGUUGGAGAAGGUGAUCCAAGAGGCCGAGCUUAAGACCAACAAGAGGGUACGAAAGCUGGCCCACGGGAACGAAGCCUCCGAGCGCUACGUCUUCGGCCUCUACGGAUACGG